CACUCGUACUCUAUCACCUGUUCAUGAAACAAUAAGCUGUCAGUGAGGUUUGGAUUUCAGUUAUCGGUGCACACGAGCUGCUCAUUUUAGCGCAGCGCCACAAAGUAAAGCUCAUCUGCUAUAAAUAUUUGGCAAUUUGUCUAACGUACGUUUAGGCCUAUCUAUUGUAUAUUUGCGCGUGGUUAUUUGAAUUUGAAAGUGAAAAAAAGUCGAAACUUUGCAAAGUUGAACGAAUGAAAAAAACAGCAACUCGUAAUAAAUACAAUCGAAUCGAAUUCGGCGUAUGUAAAUAAACAAACUAGAGCAGCGCUGUAAACGCAAAGACGUGUGUCAAAAUAUAUACAAAGUGUAACAUAAUUGAAAGCAGUAAAGGAUUACGACAGUAAAAUAAAGGAAGUGCGAGAAAACGUAGAACACGUUAUAUUUGAUUUUUUUAUUUAUUUUGGUAAUCAACUAACGGUACUAUAUACUUAGCUUCGAAUCUAAAAUGAGUGCGGCUGUCGAUAUAGAUAGCUCUGAGAAGCUGUUUGUGCCGUCCACAACAAUAGUGAUACCAAAUAAUAAUAAUAAUGGAUCUGGAAAUAGUCAUAAUAACAACAAAAAUGAUGGCGCCGCAAUUAUUGAAAUUGAUAACGCAAUCGUUGCCGAUAACGAACAGGUCAACAAAAUGGCAAAUUUUGAAGAUAUCGUACAAAGAUGUCGUACUGCAUUCACCAGUGGAAAAACAAAGGAUGUCAACUUCAGACGAAAACAAUUGGAGAACCUCUUGAAAAUGUAUGAGGAGCACGAAAAUGAAAUGAUUAGCGCACUAGAUGCCGAUUUGCGGCGACCCAAGCAAGAAAGUUUGGUAGUUGAAACGGAGUUUCUUAAAAACGAUAUUAAACACAUUUUAUACAAUUUGGGAGAUUGGGUUAAACCCGAAACGCCAGAAAAAUCAUUGGUGAAUCUGCUGGACGAUGUGCAAAUUUUCAAUGAUCCCUAUGGUGUGGUCCUGGUUAUUGGCGCUUGGAAUUACCCACUACAACUGUUGCUUGUGCCCGUUGCUGCGGCCAUAGCUGCUGGUAACUGUGUUGUGAUCAAACCAAGUGAAAUAUCCACUAAUUGCGCCAAAUUCGUUACGGAAAUGGUGCCGAAAUAUUUGGAUAAUGACUGUUACCCAGUUGUGAGCGGUGGUCCAACUGAAACAGCUGAAUUGCUCAAGCAACGCUUCGAUUACAUCUUCUACACAGGCUCCACAAGAGUUGGCAAAAUUAUACACGCUGCUGCCAAUAAAUACCUAACGCCGGUAACACUCGAAUUGGGUGGUAAAAGUCCCUGUUAUAUUGAUAAAUCCGUUGAACUGCGUACAGCUGUAAAACGCAUACUCUGGGGCAAACUGAUCAAUUGCGGUCAAACGUGUAUAGCGCCCGAUUAUGUGCUGUGCUCGAAGGAAAUACAAGAGAAAUUCAUUGCCGAAGCAAAGGACGUGCUCAAAGAGUGGUAUGGCGAGGAUAUCAAGAGCAGUCCAGAUCUCAGUCGUAUUAUCAAUCAUAAUAAUUUCCAACGCCUGCUCGGUCUCAUGAAAAGCGGCAAAGUUGCCGUUGGUGGUAAUUAUGAUGCUUCGGAACGUUUUAUUGAGCCCACAAUAUUAACCGACAUCAAAGCUGAUGAUCCUAUUAUGCAAGAGGAGAUUUUCGGCCCACUUUUGCCCAUAUUCACAGUGGAAAAUGCCUACGAUGCAAUCAAAUUCAUCAAUUCCAGAGAAGCACCACUUUGCGCGUAUAUAUUCACAGCGGAGGCUGAGGUACAAAAUUUAUUUAAACGCGACAUCCAAUCGGGCGGAAUGUGUAUGAACGACACUAUAAUGCAUUAUGCUGUUGACACUUUGCCAUUUGGCGGUGUCGGAUCCAGCGGUAUGGGACGCUAUCAUGGUAAAUAUGGUUUUGAAACAUUCACGCAUAAGAAAUCCUGUCUUGGCAAGGAUCUGCAUCCGUUAGGCGAACUGCUGGCGUCUGGUCGUUAUCCACCUUACUCAGAUCGCAAAUCGUCGUUAUUAGGUUUUCUGCUGCGCAAACGUCGCCCAUUCCCCAAGUUGUAUCUGUCACAUCUAUUGGCGGUUGGUUUGGGUAUUGGUCUCACCGUGCUCUUCACCCAUUAUUUGCAGGGAAAAUUAUUUUCACGCUAAAAUCGCUUGUUUGACGUCUAUUGAUCGUUAUAGUGAUUGUCACCGCGUCCACCACACAAGCAUUGAGGGGUUUAUAUUGUAUACACUUAUGUCUUAUGGCGAUCAGCAACUCAUCGUUGUGGUGUCAGUGUUUGUUACAUGUACAUAGAUAUUACUUUUUGAAUGCUCUUCGGCUCAACAAUAUUAUUUGCACUUGUAGUUGUAAUUUUUCAUGAAUAAUUAUUAGUUUGAAUAAAACUUGCUUUAUAUUUAAGUACAUA